AUGCGUUCUCUCGUUAUAUUUCUACUACUUUGCUUGAGCUACAACGCUCUCUCGGUACCAACUUCCAAGCAACAAGGCAGGUCCUUCCAGGUUGAACGACUCAGGCGCAGCGACUAUGUCGCCCAUGGCCCGACGGCGCUGCAGAAAGCAUACAGGAAAUAUGGCAUGCCGAUGACCUUUGAUACGCCGUAUCAGUCCUACCAGAUGAGCUCAAAGUCAGAGACGGAGACGGAUGAAGCGGGAGAAGUCAGCGCGACCCUCGUGCAGGGAGGAUCUGAGUAUGUGUCGCCGGUUGUUAUUGGAGGACAGACUUUCAAUAUGGAUUUCGAUACUGGGUCUUCAACCAUGUGGGUGAUGAACACAUACACCGGACUAACCACUUGGGAUGGAGUCAAUCGGGCGGUAUACAACUCAACACAAUCCAAAACCUUCAAGCUACUCGAGAACGGCUAUUUCAUGGACGUCUACGGAGACGCUUCCUAUAACUACGGGUUUGUCGGCAUAGACACAGUGUCGAUAGGGGGCGUUAGCGUGACAGACCAAGUUUUUGGACUACCGACAGAGGUCUCUUCUCAAUUCGAAGACAACCCCAGUUCCGACGGACUCGUUGGCCUAGCCUUUGAAUCCCUCAACAGCAUUGUGCCAGGCCCCCAGAAGACAUUCUUCGACAACGUGGAGCCACGGCUCGAGGAGCCCGUCCUGACCGCACUGCUGCGCGUGGACGGCGUGAGCGAGUACGAGUUCGGCAAGAUCGAUCACUCUAAAUACACCGGCACUCUGGCGAACAUCAGCGUUGACUCGUCUAGGGGGUAUUGGGAGUUCGACGUAGGCAACUUCAAAGCUGGGAAUGUUGAACUAAGCAGCAGCAAGAAUACCAGGGCUAUCGCUGACACGGGCACGACCCUUCUGCUGGCUAGUUCUGACAUUGUCAGCGCAUACUACCAGCAAGUUCCGGGGUCCUCGUUCUCGUCCUCCUUCCAGGGAUAUGUCUUUCCUUGCACAGCGGAUCUGCCCGAUCUGCAUGUCACCUUGGGAGAUAAUUUCCCAGUAACUGUUCCGGGGGCAAUGCUUAACUACAGUACCACUUCAUUGACUCCUACUGCCAGUGAAACAGAAUGCUUUGGUGGCCUCCAGUCAAGCCAAGCUGGGCUUCAGAUCUUUGGCGACCUGUUUCUUAGACUCUUCUUCGUAGUCUUUGAUAAACGGGGCCCAUCUCUUGGGUUUGCGUCGCCGAAAUGA